UCUUCUCUACCCUACACAACAGUUUAGCACAACCUCAUCACCUCAAACAACAUCCAACCACAAUGAGGAAGCCGGACACUCCGGCGAAGAACACAACGACAACAAACAAUAACACCGGAGCCGUUAACAAGCUCCGCAAAGGAUUAUGGUCUCCGGAGGAGGAUGACAAGCUUGUGAAGUAUAUGCUUAGCAAUGGCCAAGGUUGUUGGAGUGAUGUUGCAAGGAAUGCAGGAUUGCAAAGGUGUGGCAAGAGUUGUCGUCUUCGUUGGAUCAAUUAUCUCCGGCCCGAUCUUAAGCGCGGUGCCUUUUCGCCUCAAGAAGAAGAGCUUAUCAUCCAUUUGCAUUCAGUUCUUGGCAACAGGUGGUCACAAAUUGCAGCAAGAUUACCGGGAAGGACUGACAAUGAAAUAAAGAACUUUUGGAACUCGACUAUAAAGAAGAGAUUGAAGAAUGCGUCGCCGAAUAACAGUGAGUCGCCGGAGACGAAAGAAGCGGUGAGCGGGCUUGCAACCUUAAAUGAGCAUGAAAUAAUGGCAAUGUGCAUGGAGUCAUCUACAUCAUCUUCGACCUCAUCGGUGCGUGUAAUGUAUAAUAAUGCAAGUGAUCGGUAUGAUCCCUUGCCAUUGCCUUGCUUCGGUUAUGGAAUGCCUAGUUAUGGUCCUGGUAAUUACUUCCAUGAUUCGGUCGGCGGAGGGAAUGCCGGGGUUGAGAGUGGAUUGUUUGGGAGUCAUGGGAUGGUGAUUGAAGGUGGUGGUGGUGGUCUCAUAGGAGAAGGAGAGCUCUAUGUGCCACCUCUAGAAAGUGUAAGUCUAGAAGACAAUGGCAUGACUAACAACAAUAACAAUAACAACAAUAAUAACGGUAAUGAUAAUAACAAUGAUAUGAAUAAGGUAAUUAGUGAGAAUAGUGUGGGAGGGAAUAAUAAUGGAAAUUAUUGGGAGGUUGAGAACAUGAGAAUGGGAGAGUGGGAGUUGGAUGAUUUGAUGAAAGAUGUUCCCCCUUUUGCUUUCCUUGAUUUCCAAGUUGAAUGAUUGGCCAUUAAUCCUUAUCCUUCAAUAUGUUCAUGAAUUUUUAUUUUUUUAUUUUUUUUUCUUUUCUGUUUCUUCUAUGAAUUCAACACACCGAAUAAAGUCUGUUAGACAACAAAUUUUAGUAGGUGAAACUAGUUUUUCCUUUUUCUCCUUUUUGUGAUUAUAAAGUUAUAAACCUCUCUCUCUCUCUCUCUCUCUCUCUCUCUCUCUCUCUCUCUCUUAUCUCCUCAUCCUUUUCCUAAGGUUUCCUUCCACUUGAAGUGUAGCCAUUGUACAUAUAUAUAUGUUUAUAUAUAUAUGCAUGGCAUGACAAGGAGUCUAUUGUUUUAAACUGUAAUUAGAAAUGUAAAAUGUGUACAAAAGGAAGAGUGUACAAGGAGAUCAAUGCAAGUAUGUAUUCAUGUAAGUACAAUGUAGAGAUGUGUGUGUGUGCAUACAUAAGGUGAAAGAACAAUGUCAUUUAUUUCAUGGAAAAGGAAAGGAAUGAAAUCAUGGGAGUUUGUAUGGUACCGUUAUGAACUA